UUACUGAUGGAAGGAAAUCAUAGGGAACACACUGACAUACUUGAACAGUACCGGUCGAAAGCUGAACACUAUCUAUGUGGAUGCCUCAACAAAAACGACGACGACAAUGUCAAAUGCACGCCGGCCGGUCUCUUGUACGUCCGUCAAUGGAACAACAUGCAAUACGUAUCAACAGCAGCUUUCCUUCUCAACGUUUACUCAGAUUACUUACACAACUCAACUCAGAAACUACACUGCCAGAGAGGAGAGGUGAAGCCCCAAGAACUCAUGGGCUUGGCCAAAGCCCAGGAGAACUUUAUGGUGUCAGAAGUAUUGAGUCUUGAAUUAGAGUUUGCACGACUUAACAUAAACGGCGCCAUGGACGUGGAUAUCGUUCAAAGAUCAACUAGCAGCAGUUCAUUAUGUUCUGGAAGGACCGGAAUAUCUGUAGAUGGUCAAAUAGAAGUAGAAACUGCAAAAAUAUUUAUUAAAUUUCAG